AUGAACAGCAUCAGGGCUGCCAUCCUCUUCUGGGCAGUGGCAGGAUGGGCUAAAUCAGGCAAGCCUCCAGGAGAGACAGAUGAAGUUGGAUUUCAAAAAUGCAAGGAUGCCUUGAAACUACCUGUCCUGGAAGUCCUACCUGGAGGGGGCUGGGACAAUCUGCGGAAUAUGGACAUGGGACGGGUGAUGGACCUGACUUACACCAACUGCAGGACAACGGAGGAUGGACAGUAUAUCAUCCCUGAUGAAAUCUUCACCAUUCCCCAGAAACAGAGCAACCUGGAGAUGAACUCAGAAAUCCUGGAAUCAUGGACAAAUUACCAGAGCAGCACGUCCUACUCCAUCAACACAGAACUCUCUCUUUUUUCCAAAGUGAAUGGCAAGUUCUCCACGGAGUUCCAAAGAAUGAAGACCCUUCAAGUGAAGGACAAGGCUGUUACUACCCGAGUUCAGGUGAGAAACCUGAUCUACACAGUCAAAAUCAACCCAGCUUUAGAGCUAAGCUCAGGUUUUAGGAAGGAGCUCCGGGACAUCUCUGACUAUCUAGAGAACAACCAGACGAGGAUGGCCACCUACCUGGCAGAACUCCUUGUCCUCAACUAUGGCACCCACGUCAUCACCAGUGUGGAUGCUGGGGCUGCUCUUAUUCAGGAGGACCACAUCAGGGCAUCCUUCUUCCAAGACAGCCAGAGCAGUCGUAGUGCUCUGACUGCAUCUGCUGGAGCUGCCUUCCAAAACACUGUGAACUUCCAAUCUGAGGCAAACCACGCCUCACAGAAUGUCCUCACCAAGAGCUACCUCUCAAACAGAACCAACUCCAGGGUGCAGAGCAUUGGAGGGGUUCCUUUUUACCCAGGCAUCACCCUCCAGGCUUGGCAGCAGGGCAUCGCCAACCACCUGGUAGCCAUCGACCGCACUGGCCUGCCUCUGCAUUUCUUCAUCAACCCCAACAUGCUGCCUGACUUGCCAGGCCCUCUGGUGAAGAAGGUGUCACAGACAGUGGGAACUGCUGUGAAAAGCUAUUACACGUUCAACACCUACCCUGGCUGCACAGAUCUCAAUUCUCCCAACUUCAAUUUUCAGGCCAACACAGAUGAUGGUUCCUGCGAGGGGACAAUGACCAACUUCUUUUUUGGUGGGGUUUAUCAGGAAUGUAGCCAGUCCUCAGGGAAUGGGAAUGUCUUCCUCUGCCCAGAGUUGGAGCAGAAGAAUCCACUGACUGGUAAUUUCUCCUGCCCCUCUGGCUACUUCCCGGUGCACUUGCUAUCCCAGACCCGUGAGGAGGGUUACAACCAUCUGGAGUGUCGUAAGAAGUGCACCCUCCGCAUCUUCUGCAAGACAGUGUGUGAAGAUGUGUUCAAGGUGGCAAAGGCUGAAUUUAGGGCUUUUUGGUGUGCAUCCAGUAGCCAAGUACCUGAACACUCAGGACUCCUUUUUGGGGGCCUCUUCAGCAGUAAGAGCAUAAACCCCGUGACAAAUGCGCAGUCAUGUCCAACCAGCUACUUUCCCCUGAAAAUCUUUGAAAACCUCAAGGUAUGUGUUUCUCAGGACUAUGAGUUGGGAAGCAGGUUUGCGGUUCCCUUUGGUGGGUUCUUCAGCUGCACAGUCGGGAACCCCCUGGUGGAUCCAGCCACAUCCAAAGAUUUAGGGGCACCUUCCCUGAAAAAGUGCCCUAGGGGCUUCAGUCAGCACCUAGCCCUCAUCAGCGACGGAUGCCAAGUGUCCUACUGCGUCAAGUCUGGGCUUUUCAGUGAAAAGUUUCUUCCCCCUGCUAGUCUCCCACCUUUCACUCAGCCACCCCUUGUGAGUCAGGCUGACACCAACACUGUCAUAGUGACCAAUUCUGAGAAUUCGAGAGCCUGGAUUAAGGACUCCAAGACCCAUCGCUGGAGGCUGGGAGAGCCGUUAGCGCUGCAAACUGCCAUGAAUGGCAUCCAUGGGGAUGAUGGUGGUGUGUCAGGAGGGUCUACAGCUGGGAUCGCAGUGGGAACCACCAUCAUUCUGGCUGUUCUCAUCACCCUGGCCAUCUAUGGUACCCGAAAGUUCAAGAAGAAGGGAUACUGGGCAUUUGGGAAGAGGCAGGGUUUUGUUCCAGGCAUUGCAGCAACUGGAGACACCCCUUGA